GCCCUAGGGGCGAGGGAAUUUUUUGCCUUGUGGGCAAGUCUUGUUAUAUUGUCAAUCAGAUCUGAGCAUUUAUACUUGAAAGGACAAUGGUUUUUUGUAUCAUGAAUUGUGAACAGUAUCCUAUACAUAACUGCUAACAAGAAAAUGAAAACUAACAUGCCAGAGUGAAGAACAAGGUUUAAGCAUCUGCAUUAUCAUCAAGAAACUAGGCAGCCUCUGUUACUGUCUGAAGCUGCAUAGUGCAUAUCAUCUGGUCACUGUCGCAAUGUCCAACCAUAAUAUAGAUAAGGGUGAAUAAUUGAGGAGUUUCUAUGUGUGGUCACUGCGGUGGUUAUGGCUGUUGCUAUGCUUCACAGGAUAAGGGGAGAGAAGAAGAUAAGGACUUAAGAUAAAAUAUCUAAGCAAAAAGAGCCAAACUUGAGCCAAAUUAAACUAUCCGUCUCUUCUUGGUAGACUGUACAAACCAAAACAGAUAUGGCUACCCCAAAAAUGCUACCUCAUGAGCACUCAACUGUUGCUCCAACUUUUCAUAGUUCUACGAGUGUAAAAGUACUCUCUGAAUCACCCAAUCUCAACUCCAUCCCUUCUAACUAUGUUCACUCAAGUUGUCCUGAGGAAUCUCAUGUCUCAGAUGCUGAGGAUUCAACUUUGAUACCUAUAAUUGAUUUCUCCCAGCUCACCUCAGAUCACAGUGAUCACAGGUCCAAGGCCAUUCAAGCCCUUGGCAAAGCUUGUGAAGAGUGGGGUUUCUUCAUGGUGGUGAAUCAUGGAAUCCCAGAGAGUUUGAUAAAGGCAGUGAUUGAUGUUACUAAUGAAUUCUUCAACAUGGCUGAGGAGGAUAAGAAGCAGUUUGAAGGUAAAGAUGUAUUAGACCCCAUCAGGUGUGGCACCAGCUUCAAUUCCUCAAAAGAGAAAGCCUUUUUCUGGAGAGACUUCUUGAAGGUCUUUGUUCAUCCUCAAUUUCACUGCCCCUCUCAUCCCCAGGCUUUCAGUGAAGUUAUGUCGGAAUAUUGUGAGAAUAGCCGGAAAGUGGCCAAGAAAAUACUGGGAGCGAUAUCAGAAAGUCUAGGUUUGGAGGAAUGUGCCAUCAACAAUGCCUUGGCUUUGGACUCAAUGUUUCAGAUUUUCAUCGGAAAUUACUACCCGCGUUGCCCUCAGCCGGAGCUUGCGAUGGGGCUGCCGCCGCACUCCGAUCACGGCCUUUUAACCCUUCUCAUACAGAAUGGAGUCGGAGGGCUGCAGAUAAUGCAUGAACAAAAAUGGGUCGACGUCAACGCCCUUCCCAACUCCCUUCUGGUCAACACCGGCGACCAUCUCGAGAUAUUCAGUAAUGGGAAAUACAAGAGUGUGGUGCACAGAGCUGUGGUGAAUAACAAAGAGAAACGAAUAUCCAUAGCCACAGCUCACGGUCCUUCGCCGGAGACCGUGGUGAGGCCGGCUUCUCAACUGAUGGAAGGGGCAAGCUGCCAACCGGCGGUUGCAUAUAGGCCGAUGAAGUAUAAGGACUACAUACAUAUGCAGCAGAGUAAUCAACUUCAUGAGAAAUCCUGCUUGGAUCAUGUGACCAAGUCGAUUAGCAAUCAUUAUAUCAUGGACGAAGGUCCAUAGUGCACCGUGGACCAGUUCUAAAUGAUGUAAUCUUAAAUUUUAAUUUUGAUGGCUACCGUUCGUUGUUCAAUAAUGUUAAAGGUUUUAAUUAUUUUUACAGUAAAGCAUGGACCUGUAUUUUGUGUUA